AUGCCGCCCAAGGACGACAAGAAGAAGAAAGAUGCUGGAAAGUCGGCCAAGAAAGACAAAGACCCCGUGAACAAGUCGGGGGGCAAGGCCAAAAAGAAGAAGUGGUCCAAAGGCAAAGUUCGGGACAAGCUCAAUAACCUGGUCUUGUCUGACAAAGCCACGUAG